AUGUUCAGUGUCUCAGUUGAAGAAGUUCUUUUGGGUGCAAUCGGUGCAAUGAUAGGUUUGUUCUGGACUUUUCUGGGAGCAGCAAUUCUGCUGAAUUCUAUUGAAUUCUCAGAGGGAAAAUUGCAAUCCGUUUUGGAUAUUCGCGAAGCAUUUGCAAAAAAAUUUCCGGGAAAAAGAGUAAUUCGAGGAGUUGAUGCCAAACUUGGUCAAUUUCCUCAUCAAAUACGUUUGCUCAUCUACGUGGAUUUCUUAAAAGAAGAUCAUCAAGAGCGGCAUUUAUGUGGAGGAAGUAUAAUUGAUGAAAGAUGGGUCCUAACUGCAGCUCAUUGUAUUUUGGAGGGCAAUGACAAAACAAUAAUAAGUUACAAAGUUGAAGCUGGUUAUGUUAACACAGCAUAUGCCAACAAUAAAUAUACUCAGAGUUUCUAUGUGGCUUCGAAGGAUGCCCAUCGUCAUCCAAAGUACAAUAGUGCUACAUUGAUCAAUGAUAUUGGUCUGAUAAAAACAGGAAAAUUCGAUUUUACCCGGUCCAAUGUUAAACCUAUUCCCCUGACAACAGAAUCCCCCAAUUCUUUUGUUGGUCAAUUGAUGGUAACAUCUGGCUAUGGGUACAUCUCAAAUGUUGGACCGGUUUCCCAGAAAUUGAAUUGGACCAAACUCAAAAUUAUUCCAUUCGAUAAAUGCCAGAAAGCCUAUGAUGAAACCAUUCCGGAAACAUGUUUCUGUGCCGAAGAUCAGAAUCCACGAAAGAGUUCCAUUUGUUCUGGGGAUUCUGGAGGACCUGUUAUCAUUAAAAUUGACGGAGAACACAAACUAAUCGGGGUGGUGUCUUUUGGACACGUAGAUGGAUGCGAUACGACCCCACAAGGUUUCACGAACGUCUUUUCCAGCAUCAAAUGGAUUCAAUACGUAAAGACAAGGAAGUGA